CAAGACGGCACUGACAAUGUGGAAAACGCCUCGAGCAUUAACCGAGAUGACGGUGAUCAAAAUAACAUCUCUGCUUUGUCGAGUACUCCAUUGGUUCACAAUGAAGAAGACAUUGCCACUUUGCAAGCAUCAGUCGUCGACGACAAUCGUAACGAGCCAAAUGCGUCACUAGUAGACGACGAAGGUAGUACUCCUUCGAUCGAUGACAACGAUAGCUGUGACGUACCUAAGGCUGCAUCAGUAGAUGAUGACGAUAGUUUUGACGUACACCGGCCAUCUUCGGACUUUGACGAGAACGACAAAAUAGAAAAUGCCAAUACGGAGAACUCUCGAAAUGAUGAACAAGAAAACGACAAGAGUGCAGACAGUGAUGAUGGUGAUUGUGGGCAGAACCUGACUGUAGUCGACGACAACCGUGCACAAUCGGCUGGCCACAGUAAAAAUAAAAAAAAAAGCAAAGUUGAUGAAAUCAGCAGAGAAACACAACGGUUAAUUGCUGGCGAUGGACACGUUCGACUGCCAUAUCACAAGCCCAAACAAAAAUCGCUAGGCGAUUUCUUAGGCCGACGAAAGCAUUUACUUGCUGAGGCUUCAGUUACUGGUUCACAUAAACAACUAAGACGAGCGUGGGAAAUGAUUGAACGUAAAGAACGCAAUGUGCAUAAAUUUUACAAUGAUGAUGGAGUAGUGGACGACCAAGACAGUGACGGCGAUAACCCAAAGGACAAAGAUCAAUUAGAUACGCUAGACAAAAAACCUGUUGUCAAUAAAUUUAUGUUGAGCAAAUCGACCCUGUCCGCCUCCGUGAAGCUCACUUGUAACGACAAAGAUGUACUUGUGUCACAGUCACUGUCAUUCAAGAGUUUUGCCGACGACAAUGGCGACGAAGGGCUAAUUGUCAUUGACGAUAGUUGCAAGUCCGAUCCAAAAAAGCGUACCAUCAAGAAAAACCUAUCUUCUCAUUCGGCGGCCAGAUCGCACGUGUUGAAACAUGACAUUUGGAAACGUGUGCGUGCCGCUCGUGAAGCCGGUUUGCGGGAAGUACAGAGUGACGAUGAAGACGAAGAAGAAUAUCUGUUGAAAGACGACAACAAAAAAUCUGAUUAUGAAGACAAAGCUGUGAUGGACGAAGAUGAAGAAACGUACGACGACAAUGAAGAAGAAGAGGAGAUCGACGAAGAAGAGUUGAUGGAUGACGAUUAUAGUGAACGUAAGAAAAACAAUAAGAAUAAGAAAAACGGUUUUAUUGAUUUUGAAUGUGAAGUGGACAGCGCCGAGGACGUUAGUGAUUCCUCGGAGUCCGAUGUUGAUGAUAAUGAUGAAGAUAAAAUUGAUGCUGUCAAGAAAAACCCGCUGGACAGCAGCGACAGUGAUAGCAGUACCGGUAUUAAAACUGGAGUGUGGAAAAGUUUAAUGUCUCCCGAGUCUGCAGGACCCGUCGAAGAUGGUCGUUCUUCAAAAAAGAAGCGACGAGCUGUUGUGCUGUCAGACAGUGAUGACGAUGAGGGUAACCUAUCGGAACCUUCAAAGCUGGAUGCUUUGCCAAUUUUCGAUACCCAAAUGGCGUCCACCCAACAGUUAUUCGACUUGUGUUCGGGCAAAGAGUUUUGUACACAACAGACAAACUCUGAUGCCGCCAGUGUGCACGGCGGUUCGUCGGACGGUUUUGUAUCAGACGUACCCGGCGAAAGCGACAUAGAGGACAGCGAUGCCGAAGACCAACCCAACGACGGUGGCGAUAGUGUCGGUAAAGCUGGGAUUGAUGACGUCAACGAUGGUACCGAUAAUGAAGAAAACGGUAAUGAUGAUGACGGAGAGCUAGGGGACACGGAAAGCGUAGACGGGGAAAAUGCAAAGAUAACAGAUUUCUUCGACGACGAGGCUGAAUUGUCGGAAGACGAGGAGGGCGUGUGGAACGACGAAGACGAUGAGGAAGAUGAAGAUGCAGCCAACGAGGAGGAUCUCAAGAUGAUAGUCAACGACAAUGGUGAAGUGGACGAAUCGAUUCGCGAUUCUCUCGGCAAAAUAUACAUGCGACAGAUGUUGGACGACGACAAGCGUCAAGUGGCCGAGCUCCAAGAAAUGCUACUCGAGGACGGUGACUUGCACAGCGACAUGGGUCGAAAACGAAAAUUCCAGUGGGACGACGGCGGAGAUGAAGCAGGCGCGUAUAAGAGACCGUUGUUUUCUUCUUCGGAGGGAGAAGAUGAUGACGACGACGACGACAACGACAAUGGUGAUAACGGAAAAUGCAAAAUCGACUCCGAAGCAGCUUGGCGAAAGGAGAGGCACGUUCGCGACUCUUAUUUGGCGACCGAGAACGACGACGAACAUGAUGAUGAUGAAGUCUGUCAGAACUUGACGGCUUUGGGCACCAAGAAAACGCACGUGAUCAAGUAUCAAGCCAACAAGACCGUGGUGGCCAAUACCAGUGUCACUAAGGUGUUAGCGGAGGUAGCCGUUGUCGAGACUACCGUUGUUCAAAACAAAGACCCCGUCAAACCUCCAGACCAAGUGGAAGUGCCUACUGUGGAAAUCUGUGUCAACAAGACUAACGGCCCUGUCGCUGCUGUCAAGGGGUCUUUCAUGAUGAGAAAGGGUAGCAACAGCAGGGCGGCUGCUGCGCUAAUGUUGGUGGACAGCAAGAAAAAGGCUAUGGGCGCCAGUAGCGGCACCAACGACGGUAAUACGGUAAAACAGUUGACUACCGCCAAAGCGACGGUGACCAAUCCGUUUGCGUACCUUAUCGGCGGCACUUCGACUUCAACAGAAAUAAAAACCACUACCAUGACCACCGUAUCGUCGUCGAGCGCAAGUGCACGACCCGAAAAUCUGAUCAGUCGGACCCGCCCAAAGAAAUCGGGCGGUCUGCUCAAGGCAUUCCUACCGUUAGAAUAAAGGUCACGUAAUUGCUGAUAGUCUUAGCGUUAUCGGCUACUCAAGACUGUACACUUAUAUUAACUAGAAUUUAUUGUAUAUAAUGUAUAUGUUAUUGCUCGGGCAUUUUUAUAAUAUAAUGUAUAUUUUAUUUUUAUAUUUUACUAUAACUUUACUUUUAUAUACAAACAUAUCGAGUCCACAAGUGACAUUUUUUUUUUACAGAAACGUUUACUGUCAUUAUCUGUCUUCUUUCUCACUGUCUAACCGUUGACGGCUAGGAUCGGACAUUGCUUAGCCGUUAUCCACUCGAGUUGAAGUGUAUUAAACAAAACUUACAGAGAAUUUCAAUUAACAUUAAUGAAUACGCACACCGUGUGUUUGGCAUAGACUUCUGAAGUAAUUCAUUGAUUUUUAUCGAGGGGUUCAAGGUGGAGUAAAUGAUUUUAAUACAAAUUUUUAGGACUAAAUCAAUAACUAUAAUAUAAUAUUUAAAUGUAACAAUAGUUUAAAACGGUACAUGUUAAAAAUAACUACAUAUUUUUUUGUA